CUUAUCAUUUCUAAAUUCCGAAUUCCAAAAUCCAGCCACUUUUAGAUUUUGAUGUUGAUUCGUUGAUUGACUAGUGAGAUCUGGUCUGGAAAGUUUCUGAAACAAGAAUAGACUUGUUCAAUUCAUCUCGUAGUUAGCUAGAUUAAAUUGGCGUAUUUAUCUGCUUGCUAGAUUUUGUUUUUCAUCGAAAAAUCAAAUCACUUGGUUACUUAUGAAAUGGAAAACGAAGUUGAAAUACGCAAGGUUCAAGGGUUAGAACUAAUCCUGAAAUCAAUAAAUUGUGAAAAGUAUAUAUCUAAAUUUGAAAAUCAUGGAAUUAAUGAGCAUACGUUAAUUCAGUUGUCAGCRGAUGAUCUCAAAUCCUUGGAUGUUGAUAAUAAAGACAUCAAAACUAUUUUGAAUGCAAUUAAUGUACUCAAUAAAACAUUGAAGCACAGUGAAACACGAUUAUCAAAUGAUGAAAUUCAAAAACUACAAUCUAACAUUUGUGGCCAACUUGGAUGCAUUGCUUUAGCUUUAAAUCAUAUAUAUAAUUCAAUCACUGAUGAUAAAAACAAUUUAACUGACAUGUUAAUUGAUAACCAUAUAUCAGCAAUUGAUGCUGCUUUAAUGUUAAAACCGUACAUGAGAGCAGAAGAAAAAAACAUUGAAAAAACAUUAAAAGAUGUUUUUAAGGUAAUACAAAUGUUACUUUAUUCAUUUAAGUUAGAAAUGUACAUUCUAUGCUACAGAGUUUGA